CCCGAACUGAAUUUGUCCUUUUUAUUUUUCUCUGGUUUACCCUCAACAUACAUAAUCAUCUGUAUUCUCCAGUCAAGUGAAUGAGAAGUUGUUUUACGUUGGCCGAGAUUCACAAGAUAUGCAAGAUCGGAGCAUGCCAUCAUCUGAGGAAAUUUUAAAUCCUAAGCCACGGAAAAAGAAAAUGUCAUCUCAAAAGGAAGAGUUUCAAAAAGGGGAGGAGCAUCUGCCAUUAAGAACAGGGCAGAAGGCCUCCAAAAGGAACUUGAAGAAUGAAGUCUCUUCUUCAUUUCAACUACCAGAAAGGUCCAACUCUGAUUCAGUGCAGGACUCCUCUACAUCUGGAAAUGAGUACCGGGUAUUAAGAAGGAAAUAUUUACUGCUAGAAGAAGAAAGCUAUGCGUUGGGGAGAGAGUUGAGGGAUGUUGAAGAUGAAGUGAAGACUCUUGAAGAUGAUAAGCAUGCACUCUUGGACCAACUUGUUGUGUUAGAAGGUCUGAUUGAUCCUUUAGAAGUGCAGUCACAGGGGCCUCAAUUUCCUUAGCUCCUAAUUUCUUUACCUAAUUAGAGGUUUUUAUGAUUGUAUAUUGUUGUGA